CCUCCGCCCCACAAUGCUGCACCACCACCAUGCUGUCGACGCGCCGCCCGCUCUUCCAGUGCCUGCACGCCCCCGCACGCCGCCAUGCCUCGAACGUCCCCCGUGGCGACAUCCACGCCAUCCUGCGCCACACGCACCGCCGCGGCCUGCGCCCCGAGCUCGACUCGGUGUCGACGCACCGCGCGAACCUGAUUGAAAUCGCGCGCCUCAAGAAACGCCGCAACUGGCUCGCCCUGGGCGCCGCGCUGUCCAUGAUCGCCCCGAUCUUCCUGGUGCGGUUGUGGGACCUGCCGGAAGAGCCCAAAGACACGCCGCCCGACCCCACCGCCAGCCGCGGCAUCGUCGACAUGGUGCUCGGCCCGCCGACCAAGACCGACGCCCCGCGCGCCGCCGCCGAGCAGUUCCAGGGCAAGCGGGUCGUGGUCGCGGCCGGCGACAAGGUGAUUGCGGCGCCCGCCGACGCGACGAACCCGCAGGCCACCGACGCCGACGCCGUCGAACUCGUCCCCGUCGCCAGCACCCACAUCCCGUACUUCCCGCGCACGAUCCGCGUCCCCACGACCGCCCCCGACGGCACCGUCACAGACCAGGAAUACACGCUCCUCGGCCUGGGCCCGCGCCGCGUCUCCUUCCUGCGCGUGCAAGUCUACAUCCUGGGCCUGUACAUCUCGACCGCGUCGCUCCCCGCGCUGCAAACCGCGCUCAUCCACGCCGUCAACCCGCGCGCCUCAGCCCUCAUCCCCAGCGAAAAAGACGCCUUGCGCUCCGCGCUGCUCGACCCAACCACCAGCAUCGCGCUGUGGGACGCCCUCCUCGCGGACCCAAACGUACAUAUGGCGUUCCGCGUCGUGCCCACGCGGAACACGGAUUUCAAGCACCUGCAGGACGGCUGGAUGCGGGGUGUCGCGGGGCGCACGGACGAAGUCAGGCGGCGGCAGCAACUCCUCCUGCAGCAGCAGGCGGUCGAGAAGAAGACGAUUUCCCUGCCGAAACCGGUCCAGGAGAGUGAGUUCGCGGACGACGCGUUCGGCGCUGCGAUGAAGGACUUCAAGGCGCUGUUCACCGGGCGCGGGAAAGCCGCCAAGGGGAGCGUUAUCCUGCUUACCCGCGACGGGAGGGGGGAGCUGGGCGCAUGGUUUCAACCUACGGCGGCUGCUAAGGGAGGGGAAGGUGCGAUGGGCGAGCUCGUGUCGCUGGGCACGGUGCGGGAUCCUCGCGUUAGUCGGUUGGUGUGGCAGAUGUAUCUUGGCGGCGAGGCUGUGAGUUCUGAGGACGCGAGGAAGAGUGUGGCGGAGGGGUGUUUGGGGGUUGCGGGGAGGCCGGUGGGGAGUGUGGAGGGGAUGGUUGUUUAGGUACCGGGGUCAAAAGGUCUCGUGGGUGUGUAAAAGGCUCACAUGGGUGAGUGAGGUGCAUGUCCUGGAUGGGAGCGUGUAUAAAAUCGCAUCGUUUUCUUCUCUCCCUCUCCCGCUUUCCAACCAUCCAUCACACUCCGCCGUCCACCGAAAACAAGACUACGAGAGAACCAUGUCUGCGGCGCCGUGUGACGCCCUUCUGCCACCUCCCAAUGCCAUUCCCCUUCCCUCCGCAGUCAUCACCUCAUAAUCACUAGAAAGCAUCAAAUCAAAAGGCGCAUGUCUGCGGCUUCCUGCGUCGCU